UGAUGUACAUCAGUGACAGUACAUCAGACAUCAGUGUCCAUGCGUUUCCAUGCUUUAAGAUGCACUAAGCUUGGACCAUCCAAAACAGCCACUGGGGAAGAGAGAAGAUCUUCUGUUUUGGUGACUCAGAGCUGGAAGUGCAAAGCGGUUUCGAGGACAUCAUCUUGGACCCCACAGACACACAAACUUACACACACUCACUCAUACACAUUGUAACAGGCACACAGCUGGUUAUAACCAGGCAUUUGACCCCACUUGCAUUUACGGUCUCAGGUGUGAGGAGCCAUUUAGUCACGACAGACAGACAUUAGUGAGAUUCACUCGCUCCCCCUGAGAGAAAACAUCACUGUUGUGUUUACACCUGUUACCACACCUGAAAUUAUAUUACUUCAUAAUGUAUUAUUUAGUUUAAAUUUUUUGCAUAUCAGAAACGAGCUUAAUUUACCAAGCACCCACAAUCUCCUCUCUCAUGGGAGUAACAUAGAGCCCAAAUUAGUUCACACACUCUCUGCUCUCGCUCUCUUACUUUCUUUCUCCACCCACAAACACACACACAUAGACUCAUCUGCACCUUGUUCAAAAUGGCCUCCUCCUCGAGCGAGAUCGGCUGGGGAAGGACGGGGCUCUCGUGGUGACUGGAGGAGGGGAGGGAGAAGGGCGGGGCUGGACCCAUGUCGUGGAAGCGGAACUACUUUGCGUCAGGCAGCAGCGGGCUGCAGGGGAUGUUCACCCCUCGCACCAUGACCUCCAUCGCUCCCAGCAAAGGCCUGAGCAACGAGCCGGGUCAGAACAGCUGCUUCCUGAACAGUGCACUUCAGGUCCUUUGGCAUCUUGACAUCUUCCGCAGAAGUUUCCGGCAAUUGAACACCCACAAGUGCAUGGAGGACUCGUGUAUCUUCUGUGCUCUAAAGAGCAUCUUUGCCCAGUUCCAGUUCAGCAGUGAAAAGGUGCUCCCAUCCGACGCCCUGCGCAGCGCUCUAGCCAAAACCUUCCAGGACGAGCAGCGGUUCCAGCUGGGCAUCAUGGACGACGCGGCCGAGUGUUUCGAGAACCUCCUGAUGAGGAUACACUUCCACAUCUCAGACGAGACCAAGGAGGACAUCUGCACGGCCAAGCACUGCAUCCCGCAUCAGAAAUUUGCCAUGACACUUUUCGAACAGUGUGUUUGUAAUAAUUGUGGAGCCACAUCAGAUCCUCUCCCCUUUAUUCAGAUGGUGCACUACAUCUCCACCACCUCUCUCUGUAACCAAGCCGUCCGAAUGCUGGAAUGUAAAGAAAAGCCAACACCCGACAUGUUUGGAGAGCUUCUCCGCAAUGCCAGCACCAUGGGCGACCUGCGAAACUGUCCGAGUAAUUGUGGUGAGAUGUUGCGGAUCAGGCGCGUUCUGAUGAACUGCCCGGAGAUCAUCAGCAUCGGCCUGGUGUGGGACUCGGACCACUCUGAUCUGGCAGAAGAUGUCAUCCACAGCCUGGGCACGUGCCUGCGGCUGGGUGAUUUGUUCUACCGUGUGACGGAUGAGCGGGCCAAGCAAUCAGAGCUCUACCUUGUGGGCAUGGUGUGCUACUACGGCAAGCAUUACUCCACCUUCUUCUUUCAGACCAAGAUACGCAAGUGGAUGUAUUUCGAUGACGCACAUGUGAAGGAGAUCGGACCUAAGUGGAAGGACGUGGUGUCGCGAUGUAUAAAGGGCCACUACCAGCCGCUCCUGCUGCUGUAUGCCGAUCCCCGUGGGACGCCCGUGUCGUUUCAGGACACGCUGACAGCACAGCUAGAUCUGCACCACAGCAGCAAGGCUGGCUAUGACAGCGAAGACUCCGGGAGGGAACCCUCGAUUUCAAGUGACACGCGCACAGAUUCUUCCACAGACAGCUACAGCUACAAGCACUCUCGAUCGCACCACGAGUCCAUGGCCUCUCAUUUCUCAUCUGACUCUCAGGGAACUGUGGUGUGUAAUCAGGACAGCAGCGGUUCCCAGAACAGUAUGGACACUGCAGGGGAGGUUCUUAAAGAUCAGGCCACGCCCCUUUGUACGCAGAGGCCCUCCUCCACUGGCCAUCUGCAGGACUAUAAGGAGACUCACAGCAGACCCCUCUCAUCGUCCUCUAGCUCAGGGAUGGGCGGCUCGGAGGCCGGAGCGCAAGCUAGGGACUGGGAAGAUGAGAGCACCAGUAGCGAGUCCAAAUCCAGUUCCAGUGGGGGGCGCUAUCGACCAACCUGGAGACCCAGAAGAGAAGCCCUGAACAUCGACAGCAUCUUCAGCCGGGAGAGGCAUCGGCCGGCAGGAUAUGCUACACUUGGACCCUCCCCGCUGCCGGAAGAUGUGGUCUCACCCGUAAAGAGUGAGUUGGUCUUAGCGGCUGCUGAAGAGGAUUCAAACAUAGCAGCAAUGGAGGCAGGGGACGUGAUUGAUGGCUCAGGGUGCAUGUCAGAGUUGGGGGUGGAGCAUCGUCCGAUCCCACCCCCUUUAAGAGGCGUGGAGCAGCCGCCACGGCUGAUUCAGAGGAUGGAGAGUGGUUACGAAAGCAGCGAGAGAAACAGCAACAGUCCGAUUAGCAUGGACAUGCCACUUAGUGACAACCCAAACACCAAUGCACACAGGGACAGUGGCAGUAAGAGGCCUGUAACUUCAGGGCCCUCCUGGCGUUCUGUGCCCAAAUCCAAAAGCAGCAGUGCCAUCCUGCAAGACCUCAAAUCACCAACCUGGAGCAGCGCUCCGCUAAGUUUGGGCGAGGGCCGCAGUGAACUGGAUGAAUUGCAGGAGGAAGUUGCCCGCAGGGCCCGACAGCAGGAGCUGCAGAGGAAGAAGGAGAAGGAGAGAGAAGCCGCCCAGGGCUUCAACCCCAGACCUAGCAAGUUCAUGGACUUGGAUGAACUUCAGCACCAGGGGAAGGGGGGCAGUUUUGAGCACUGCCUGGCAGAGGCUGACUCUCUCUUAGAGCAGUCGCUGCGUCUGGAGCAGGCCGGGGACACGGCUACAGCCCUGGCGCUUUCCCAUCACGCUGUGUCUAAACUAAGAUUUUCCAUGCAUGAGGGCAGUGCUAACACUCAUAGCAGGACAAUGGCUGCUGACGCCAAGCUGCAAAAAUGCAUGAGGAGAGCGCGGGGCCUACAGCAGCGCAUGCAACAACAGCAAGAGAACCAGCAGGAGACCGGCCACCCGCAGGGGCCCUCCAGUGAACAACCUGGCAAGGUCCAAGUAUUGUUGACAGACAAUCAGGAAGAGGUCUGGGAGACCAAUCAGGAUUCCGUGCUUGGCCCACCCUCUCCUCAUCACAUGAAAUCAACCCCCUUGUGUACAAACUUGCCAUCUCAAGCCUCUAGCCGCCCACCACUCAGCAAUGCCCGACCUGCCUCUUCUCAGCCACACCCCCAAGAGCCUAAUGAAGAUGAUUGGCCAACACAGCAUGAGGAGGAUUGGAGUGGCAUCCAAUUGUCAGACCUUCUCCAUGUUUCAGGUGUUCGAAUCAGGCCUAUUCGUAAGCACCUGGCCAUAUCUCUGCCCUCUUUGCCCCUUGACUUCUGGGGUGUGUUGGGAGAAAACGAAGAGGUCCCCAGCCAUCAGGUUCCUCAGGCUUUGGUCUCUCAAUCUCCUUCCCAAAAUCCUUCUGUGUGGAAGGACACUGGAGAUUGUCCAGAUCGAAUAUCCCAAUCUAACAGGGCCACCAGUUCAUCACCCGCAUCCCCUUAUACUGAGGAGAAGGGGCCGAUGCCCCGAAAAGCCCCCAUAUGGCAGCCCCUAUGCAUGGCUUCCCAGCCUCGCUCACCUGUCCUGUCUCACUCCGAACCGGCUCCUCCUGUUGCUGCUCGCCAUUGGUCUUCCUGGAGCUUAGACCGUCCCGAUGCUGUCGUUAUCCCCUACGCGACGCGUCCUGACCAGAACCAAAGGACCCUCUCUCAGCACACUCCUAGAAGGCAUUUUCCCCUGCAUAGUCCCAUUAGCACCAGAAAAAAAUGUGCCCCUAAGUACUCCACUUUUCAGAAUGCCCCAGGUAUGGAGCUGGAACCUACAGAGCCCGAAGACCAGGAACUCUCUGAAUUAGAUUCGCUCUACCAGGCCAGUCUCCAGGCUGGCCCCAGUCCUGGCCGAGCCCUGUGUGGUACCAGCUCACCUAUUGUAGGAAGACCAGUACCUCCAGCUGCACGAAAGCUGCUCACUGGAGUCGGACGCUCUCGGACCCCCACGGCUGAGCUUGAGAGAACUGCUUAUGGACCACCUGGUUGUUACAGCCCCACUGGGUACAUGAACAUGUCGGGAGAGGAAGACCAAUACGACGCAGAUCACUUCCGACGCGUUGCCCGCAGCUUGAGCGGAACCUUCAUCGGACGCCGUCAGAACCGUCUCGCGGUGUCUAGAAGUUUCUACGUAAACAUGGGGGACACCGGGGUUACAUCAUAUCAGAGCACUGUGUACUCGCCUAAUUGUCUUCAGUUUUCAUUGUCUCCGUCAGACCUUCAUCUGCUUCCACCAAGCUCUCUUCGCCACCAUCCAUCCUCUUCACCCAUUUCCCAUCAGCCUGGCCCUUGUGGAGAGGCCCCAGGACGUCUCAAGAGGUUCUCCGAGUUUCUGGCUGUGUUUGACCGGUGUCAAGCUCUCUCCAGUGAGCAGCACUACAGUCCAGCACUGAGGUGUCCACAGACGGUCAGUCUCUCUCGGGUUCUUUUCCCAACCACGGGGACUGGCCUUCAACGUGAUCCUUCAGCCCUGGACGUUUUGCACAGAUGUAUCGGUUUCCCAGGAUUCCCCUUUUGCACAGGAGCAUGUCCCUGAUCCAGGACUGACGCCGACCACCCUGCAUUCUGUAUCGUCCCCUGGGUAAUUUUCGUCCGUCAAUGCGCUCUCGUCCCGCACAGCCGCUAUCAUGCAAACGCUCAAUCCACAGCAUGACGGAAAGAGAUAUCAAAAACUGACCCUUUCUUAUUUUAUUGUACAGCAGUGGGAUGGCGUGAUGCCUUUAAGGCUGAGGUCGUGUGUAUGUGUGACUAACCUACGGUCAGCCCUGCAGCAUGUAAUGAUAGGAGCGUGGGGUUCAGACCGAGACCCCCGCAGUGAGCCAUUCAACCCAGAGCACUUAACUAAAUUAAAUGCUUUUUAACGGGAAACUCUCAAUUAAACGCAGAGACGCAGACCUCCACGCUGCACUAAAUGAUAAGUGUGUGUGUGUGUGUGCAUGUGGUAGGGAGGGGCUUGUUGAAACCCCGCCCCUUUUGUCACCUAUCUGCAAGGACACUUUUUCUCUUCGCCUGAUGCAAAUCCUCAGCAACCAAUGUCCCGAAACGAUCUCUGCUGGGCAUCUUUUCCCCAACCGGGAUGGUUUCCUGCAGAUGCAACGAACUCACACUUCUGAAACGUAAAGAGAGAGAUGAGAGAUGUUUUGUAUGAUGUCAUCUCUCAGCUCCGGUGCUUUUUCUCAAAGCAGGCAUGUAAAUCUGCAGCCCCGGGCAUGAAGAGCAGACAGAACUGAUCUCUUCUGACCUUUUCCUCCUACUUCUCCGAUACGGGCAUUUCCUGUAGCACACGGCUGUUUGUGUCUCCAGUUCCAGGCAAGGACUGUACGCGUUUGACCGGACUUACAGUACGAAAUGAAUUUAUUGUUAAAAGCAUCAUUCUUGAGAUAUACAGAGGAAUGGAGAAACCACGUAAUGACGUUAUGGAAUGUUAAAUCAAGUCUAGUGGUAAUCAUUAUUAUCUGCAUUAAGAGAAGUAUAGUACACUUCAGAAGUGUAAAGCUGGAGAAAAAACGCUAUUUUAAAUCCAUUGACCGUUCUCCCGUUUAUACAGGGAGAUAUGCCAAGUUAAGCUUCGUUUCUAUUGUUUCAUUUUUUUAAGCAGAAGUCAUAGCUGUAAGUCUGGUACAAGCAUUCUAAAGGCACGGGAGAAGACUGCAGGCCUGUAAGAUGGAAAUCAUCUCAUUUGUUGUUUGUAGAAUCUACAUAGUUUCUAGAUUUUGCUUUAAAGCAACACAGUGGCCCUGAUAGCUUAGAAACGAUCGACUGUGGAUAGGAAGAUGCUACAAAGCUUUGCUAUAGUGUGUUUGGAUAAUAUGAGAGGCCUUACGCGAGGAAUGCUUUCAUGCAAGUAUUCAAAUAAAUGUUAGAAGAUAUACUAACAGAUGUGGUACUGAUUGACAAGGGUUUUAUAUCACAAUAUAGUAUGAUUAAUGCAGUAUUUAACCUUAUCCAUUCUAAUCAUAAUGUGCUGUGAUAUAUAUUUUUAUUUAAAGCCUCUAAAAUUAAAAUCGCUGUAAACGAAUUGACUUAAACAGUUUUAGAAGAUCCUGUUUAACUUAACCAAAGAUUGGCUCUAACACAAAGAUAUAUGCUUUUUUUUACGUCAUUGGUCACUUUUCUUUUCACUUGAAGGAUGUUUCAGAAUGUAGCAAAGGCGAUGUACGAGUAUGCUAUGCAAAAUGCUCUCUCCUUGAACUACCAGCAAAGAGUCAGAUUGGGACAAAAUCAAAUAUUUUUUCUUCUCUUUUUUUCUAUAUACUGACGAAAAUGGUUUCCUGCUGAAUUGUCGAAUCUUUACUUUAUUAAUUAUCUGUACAGUUAACAGCCUUUGAAUGCGAGUUGUAGACAACGGAGGAUGGAUUUCUCAAAGAUGAAAUAGCAUUUCAAUGGUUUUCCAAUUCGGGACUCGUUUGUAAAUGCUUGAGGUUGAGUGAACUUGUAUUUUUGCAAUAAAGUUAUUACCAAUGCACUCCAGCAGGGGCGCUGCACAAACGCCUAUACUCUGUGUCCUGUGUUU